CUCUCUCUCUCUACAAGAGAACUAAGCAGUAGUGUUCAUUUCUUUCCUUUUCUCACUCUACAAACCCACCGCGCUCUCUCUCUCUCUCUCCCUGUGAAAGUUUCUUUCUCUCUGUAGAGACGUUUCGGGGCUUCCGAGAGCAGGAAGGAACUAGCCAGGAAGGAGUUGUUGUGAGGUGCUUUACUGAGUUUUUAUGCACCAAGGAAUUUAGGCAGCGUGUUUUUUGGGGUGCUUGGUCGUUGUGAAUUCACGCUCUUCGGUUAUGGGGUCUGCUUGUUGUGUUGCUGCUAGAGACAAAAUGGUUGUGCCCAAUAGAUCAGACGGUGAGAGUUUACAAAUAAACAAUGGCCGGUAUUCUCCAACUUGGAGUUUCCGAUGGGAUAAUAGAGGACGAGUAGCUGGUGAAGAGACCUCUCUGAGUUGGUUAUCUGAUGGACUUAGUCGGAAUGAUGGGUCUGAUGUGAAAUUUGAGUCUGCGUUUGUAUCAUCAGAAGGGUCCCCUUUGGACAGCUUCCGGGCGCAGACAUGGCAGAAAUCUCCCCAAUCAGAUUUAUCUUUUCGAAGAAAUGUCUCUACUGAUGUUUCAGAGCAGAUUGAACAGACAACUAAGGAUUCAAUAGAAUCCUUGGGACCAUCUUAUCCAUCUCCCUCGAAAUUCUCUCUUUCCUUGGCUUCUCAACCAUCAUCCUUCUCCACGUCACCGCUGUCAUCUCACAGCAACUUACAACCUGCAACCUCAUCCACUUUAAAGUUGGCACACCGUCCUCUUUUAUCAAAGCAAGAGUCAGAUGGUCAAAUUUGUGGGGAAACCUCAAAAAGCCGAUACUCAGCAACUGAAGAGAGGCAGGGAACUCGUUGGAGUAACGAUUUGCAGUGUGGGCCUUCUGAAGGUUGGUCCAUGCAUGCCUUUUCUGAGCUGAUGUCAUUUUCCCAGAGGGAGUCUGUGUCUUUUGAUAACGAUUCCUUUGGCCUCCGGCGUGACAAAAUAGGCCGUCAUGGCAACCGAACGUCCAAUGAUCAACAAACCUGUGGCGCUUGCUCGAGACCCUUGACAGAGAAAUCCUUGUGGAGCAGCCAAAAGAUCAUAACUUCAAACGAGCUAUCAGUUGUAGCUGUUCUAGACUGUGGUCAUGUCUAUCACGCUGAAUGUUUAGAACACAUGACACCAGAAAUCGACAAAUUCGACCCUUCAUGUCCCAUAUGUGCAUUGGGUGAGAAGAAAACACACAAGCUGUCAGAAAAGGCAUUGAGGGCAGAGAUGGAUUUGAGAGCCAGAUACAAGAGACUGAGAAAUCGUGUUAUGGACAGUGACUUUGACUGUGAUGACCUCAUUAUGUUUGAUCACACAGUCGGCAGUUAUGGACACAAGGGGAAGAGCCCCAAGCUGAUCUCGAGUUCAAGUGUGAAAAAUUGUUCCCCGAGGCCCUUCUUGUCACGGCACUUAUCUUUUGGGUCCAGAGGGAGCGGGAAAGCCCCUAAAGAUAAUCAUCCUGGACGGAAGAAGGGCUUCUUCUGGACCAAGUCCAGCAAAAUAUGAACACUUAUUAUGGAGAAGAGCAGUCUUGGAAGGGAUGGCCAAAAGAAGUCAUACAGCACACAACAGUAGUAACAUUGCUCAAACACAGCCCCUUGUGUUGUUCAAGCAUUGUGCAAAAUCUCAACUGAGUGUCUUCACCAUUUUCCCUCUCCUUUUUUUUUCCCCUAUUUCCCUAAUUUUCACACUUGUAUAUAUAUAUAUAUAUAAGGUUUGAGAACAGCAUAUAACAAUGUAAUGGGGGUCAUAAAACCCUAACAAAAGACUCUGGCAGAAUGCAUCCAAUGGGUAUGAAGUGGAGAUUCAAGGGGGUGUAUACUGUUUAGUUUGUAAUGACAUUGAAUUGACAUUGGUCCACACUUUUCUUUUCUGUAUUUGUGGUCAGUUACCAUAUCAGAAUCUUUCGUUUUGGGUUAUGGGUAAUGGAAUUCAAUAUUUAGUUUUUGUUGAA